AUGGCUCAUAUUGCCGACUUAAUGAUCGACCCCGCCUCGAUGCUGGCAUCAAAUAAAUUCUCGUCGCGAGAGUCGUCACCGCACACUACCUAUGAACGAAGCCAAACGCCAGAAAGAGGACUUAUAGACGGAAAGGAAAAGGAUAAAUAUGUGUGGAGAAUGCACCAACCAUCCCAACCACCCAGAUACCAGCUAUUUCCGAGUUCGAGUCAGGAGAAACUCGCCAUAACCACCACUCUCGGUCGCAAGACUCCUGAACUGGACCAAACAUUACCAAAUGCCACGACAGCUAAGGGGAACGCGGCGGAAGGGCCCAGCCCUACUAAUGGCUUGAAGAGGGAGCCAAGUCUCGGGAGACGACGAAAGCCCAGCGUGACGGAUUUGGGACACAUGGCAACGGUCCAGGAGGUUGCGAUGGAUUCCCCAACUAUUCCAGGGAGGUUUCCUGUACACGAGCGUUCAAUCAGCGCCCCAGGAGAGCCAAGCUGGAGGCAACACGUCUUUGGGGAGUCAAUGUUCUCUGCCAUCGAAGGGCCAGUAGUGGACAUCGAGCAGCGCCGUGUCUCGAGAAUACAGCUCCAGCGCCGCAAUUCUGCUUCACCGAGCUCUAAGAUGCACUCUAGGCUUGGUAAUAGGCUGGCUCCUCUUAUAAUCCCAACAACUAAUAUGAAUGACUCGCCCGAAAGAGAUACAUUCCCCAAGAGAGUUCUCAACAGGCUAAGUGAGCAGAGCUCCCUCAGCGACACUCCGCCAGAAGUGCCACCAAAGUCAGCACGGAUGCUGCCCGAAGCGUCUCCUCAGUCCGGGCUGGCUUCAUCAGUACCUUCGUUACCUUCUGCUGUUCCAACCGUAACUCCAUUCACACCAUUCACUCCGAUGUCCGAUUUCUCAGCGUCUACUGCAAGUUUGGUGCCUCUAAAGCUUGCUCCUGUAACAAGCACUUCUUCUCCUCAAGCCCAGGGCCGAGCAUCGCCAGCACCAAAGGGGACCCGUAAGCCAAGCCCAACUCCAAGGAACCAUACCAGAGGCCUCUCGGAGUCAUCGUCAUUUUCCGCCGUGACUAGACCAGGCCAUAGGCGCACAGAAUCAGAAGCUUCAAUUAUGGACCGUGGACGGCCAAAGAAGCGCGCGGAUGGAUCAUCUAUCAAAAGCGCCACUACGAAGGCAAGCGAGCAGAGGGCUUUUAUCACAUUACCCACCGGUGUCAAAGCUUCUGAUGCGUCGUCGAAGUUCUCACCGCAAGAUAUCGAAGCUCUAAGGCACCAGGCCCAAGGCCAAGCUGCGCAAUUCGAAGUUUUAGCUUCAAAGGAUGUAGGGGAUUUAUCAAGGGAACUCCGUGCUCUUGAUGAACGCUGCGAGUAUCUCCGUCGGACUCACCGAUCUCUCCGGUCUGGCCGCCGCAACCUCCAUGACCGCAUCUGCAGCUACCUCCGGUCACCACGUGUUGCGCGCUUCUCGCAUGAUGCCAUCUUAAAACAGGAAGAGGCGCUCUCGGAGCUAGACGCCAGCAUCGAUGAUUGGGUAUCGAAGCUGGAGUAUGCGGAGAACCGCCGGACGCGUGUUCGACAAAAGCUUCUCGAACAUGUUGCUGCCGCCUUGAUGAUGCCCUCUCAGAGCAAUGAGACAGAUAACAAAAAUGUACCCGAAUAUGAAGCUAUAAAUAUCCUACAAUCCCUCGCGACAGCCGACCAUACACCACCGAGGUCGCCCACUAAGGCGCUGUCACCGUCGCCAAUUAUUAACCCGUCGAAACGACGUGCAUCGCCCGAGCCAGAAGCUCCAGCCCGCCUUGCGCGCCCAGUGCCACCUCAGCUAUUGACAUCGCCUCCUCCACCACACACGCUAGAGAACGAGCCAUUUGGCGAACGGCAUAGAGAUAGUCACAGUACGGCAGGGAGACCGAGUGCCGAGAGCAUCCGCAUCUAUGCCGACUCAGAUGUAUACGCACUACUUGCAGACGUCGAGCAAGAGAUACACAGGAUGGGUCAAGGUUGUAUAGAGGAGGAGGUUUUACUAUCGCAGAUGAAGUACGAGGCACCGCCGAGGUGCGAAACGCCCAAGAGUGGAACUUCGAGGAGCGGGACACCGACCGGGAUAGAGAGAAUGAAGGGGCUGGUGAAGGAGCAGUUGAGAGUUGCGGGAUUGGUUGGCUAA